AUGUAUUCUGGAUUUAAUAGUAAAAAACUUGAAUAAGAAUAUAAUUCUGUAGUAAAUAAAAUGACAAUCUUAUUGAUAGAUUAAUUAUCAUUACAACUUUAACUUAGUAAAGUACCAUUAUACAAUAUAUAGAUUAAAUUACAAAUAAGCAAUUUUUUGAUAAACAAUUUUCUAAAUUGUUAAAUUAGAUUAAGUAAUUAGAAAAUUAAAAGAGUUAAUCACCUAAAUUCAGCAAUCUCUUAUAACCAUUAUAGUUUGUUAUUUAAAACAAUGUCCAUUAAAUGAUAUUUAAUGAAGAAAUAUCAAAUGUAAAACCUAAAUAUAUUCCUCCAAUUUUAGAAUAAGAUGUUUAAUAUUCUACUUAAUUUACAAAGUUGUAUAGUAAUGUUGAAAGAUAAAUUUUAUAUAUUAAUCAAACUAAAAAAUAGAAACACUUCUCUCCAAAUAAAAUCAAUAGAGUUUGUAAAUACUUAGAUUAAUAGAAAACAAAAUAAAUCAACUGUAAUAUUGGAGAAUUUUAUGCUGAUUUUUAAAAUGACUCAUAAAUAGUUGGAAAAAACAAAUUGAUUAAUUAGAAGUUUUAAUCUUUUGAUUUAAACAAAAUUGCUAAAACAUCUUUAAGUGUUGAUAAUUCAUAACAUUAAGAAAUAUCUAGAAUUUUAAAUUUUAAUGAACAGUAUUGA